AUGGCCUCCAUUUCCCCAAUUCUCCUCUUCUCACUUCUCCUCUUCGCUUACCCCGUCCUCUCCGAUCAAUCCCCGUCCCAUUCACCUUCUCUACCUCCGCAUCCAUCCUCCGACGAAAUCUCGCCGCCUCCUGCCUCCCCUUCCCCCUCCCCCGCUCACCUCUCCUCACCCCCUGCGCCGCCGCCGUCAGAUCUCGACUCACCAUCGCCUUCUCCUGCGCCGAAUGCAGACGACAGCUCUCCCGCUCCCGCUCCCGCGCCGGAAGCGGACGCCGGAGACAUCAAGCCCGAGAGCAAGCCCAAUGCGGCUGAUUUGGAUAGCAAGGAAGACUCAACAGGCGGAAUGAGCGUAGGACAGAAAGCCGGCGUUGCAGUCGGAGUGAUCACCGGAGCUUUCGUAGUCGGCGCCGGCGUAGUGGUGUAUAAGAAGCGGCAGCAGAAUAUCCAGCGGUCGCAGUACGGGUACGCCGCCAGGAGAGAGAUUCUGUAG